AUGUGGUGCCAGGGCUUCAGCGUUCGUUUGAAUCUGAUCGGGGCGAGCAACAUCCUCGCCUUCUCAGAACAUCGAAAUGCAUGUCCGCCAGUCUCUUUAUUAAUUCUUCCGAGUGAAAGACCAUCUCCUCUGCCACAAAUUCAACAUGCGUUUGAAGCUUCUCUGUCUGAAACCUCUGCGCUACUCGCUCGGCGCCAAGAAGAAGUGAAGAAAGUAUUCCAGCGAGGCUGGACUUCUUAUAAGCAAAACGCAUGGCUCAGUGAUGAGCUUGCACCAAUGACCGGAACCUCGAAAGAUACUUUCGGGGGUUGGGGAGCAACGCUCGUUGACAGUUUGGACACUCUUUGGAUCAUGGGAUUGAAAGCUGAAUUCGAAGAAGCCGUCACGGCGGCGGUCUCUAUCGACUUCAACCCAGCAAAAGCGAGUCUAGAGACUAUCAAUGUUUUUGAAACAACAAUCAGAUAUCUGGGGGGAUUCCUCUCGGCUUAUGACCUGACCGAAUGCAAAGAUGCGAGAUUGCUUGAUAAAGCUGUCGAGCUUGGGGAUAUGAUAUAUGCAUCGUUUGAUACGCCAAAUCGGAUGCCUGUAACGCGGUGGAGUCCACAGAAAGCGGUGAAAGGGACAAAUCAAUACCCCGCCAAGGAAGGUAUUAUCGCGGAGGUGGCAUCGUCGAGUAUGGAACUCACACGCUUGUCCCAGCUAACAGGUGACAUGCGGUGGUUCGAUGCCAUCCAGCGCAUAACCAAUGUGUUGGACAAGCAGCAAAACAAAACGAAACUACCAGGUCUAUGGCCUGUAGGAUGCAGUCCUCUUUCUGCUGACUUCACAAAUGAUUCGACCUUCAACCUAGGAGCUAUGGCUGAUUCCGCCUACGAAUACCUUCCGAAAAUGUAUGCAUUGCUUGGUGGGACACAAGCAGCUUUUCAAUAUGGAAGACUAUACCGAAACGCCAUGGACACUGCGAUGCAAUACCUCUUUUUCCGGCCCAUGGUUCCCGAUAAUGCUGACAUUCUCAUCUCCGGUGAAACAAAUGCUCAGGAUCCAUCGUCCGCCUCCCUUGAUGCAGAAGGCCAGCACCUUACUUGUUACCUUGGGGGCACACUAGCACUGGGAGGUCGUCUUCUCUCCAACGAAACCCACAUAGAAAUUGGUCGUAAACUUACUGAUGGAUGUAUUUGGACUUACCAAAAUACUCCCACUGGCCUUAUGCCCGAAAUUUUCCGCAUGGAGGCAUGCAAGUCACCUUUCAACUGCAAAUUCGACUUCAAACAAUGGAUAUCUGACCACGGCUCACAACACAUAGGCUUCACAUUAGUCCGUGACGGACACUAUAGGCUUCGCCCGGAAGCUAUCGAGAGUGUUUUUUACCUCUAUCGUAUCACCGGUGAUCGGAAGCUUCAGGACACCGCGUGGGAGAUGUUCCAAGCAAUUGAGAAGCACACGCAUACGGAUCUAGCGAACGCCUCAUUGAGGGAUGUGAUGCAGCCAGAACUGGGGAACGAGGAUAGUAUGGAGAGUUUUUGGUUUGGAGAAACUCUCAAAUAUUUUUAUUUGAUCUUCAGCGAACCAGACUUGAUCAGUCUGGAUGAAUUUGUGUUUAAUACAGAGGCACAUCCAUUUAGAAUACCCAGACCCUGA